GCCCCCAUGGCCCACCCGUUGACCAAGAAAUUCCACCGCAGAACACAAGCCUGAAUAUGGAUCAGGUGUUUCGUACCAUAUCUGUCAACUUCAUCGAUGUCAAUAUAUCGACUGCGAGACUGCGCACAUAGAAUCACCGUCCCGCUGAUGGCUACGUCUCAGAACCUAAACUCUACUUGGGCAAUCUGCACAUUGUGUUUCGGCACUCCUAUUCCCAGUCAGUUUUGGUCCCCCCAGCCAAUCCAACAUUCCUGAUUCGGAGCAGCCCAUAUUCAAUUUGUCCGCCGGAUUGCGUGUCCCCUCACUUAUCAACUACUAUCCACUCAGCAUGCCCAAGGAGGCCACGAAGAGGAAGCUAUCUAAGCGUCGCCGACCUGAGUGCAAUGGGUGUGGCGAGGAUGAAGAAGGGACACCGAAUUCGCUAAGCUAAAUGAUUAGGAGGAAAAGGCCACGAGCCUUGAGUGUGGCGACACAGCGGAUGAUCAAGCAUCGGCCAUCCGCAACCCUCGUGUCACACGCGCUGUUGCGAAGAGAAUAGCUAUGAUUGAUGAGGACACCAAUGCCAGACGAGUCUCAAAACGCAUGAAGACAGUAAUUAUAAGUGGUUUCGACAUGAACGCAGAUGAGGCGCAUAAACCGCAGGUUGCUCACAAUCCAAAUGGUUCUGCGAAGAAGGGCAAGGGCAAGGCAAGUAUCAGCACCAACAUCACCUCCCGCGGUGCAAAGACCUCCAGGACUACCGCUAGUGCU